AUGGUCGACAAGUAUGACGCCUUCGAGCUCAAGAAGUUGUUUCUCAAGGACAAGCCUACCAAGAACGAUUCGAUCCGCCUGCAGAAUGCCGCGCUGGCGCUAUUGGAGAAACAGGCGUUCGUCCACGCGGGCAAACUGACGCGCAAGGGCAAUUGCGAUGAAGACGUGAAGGUGGAAUUCCUGAUCUCCCCCUUGGAUCAGAAGUUCCCGUACAGCAGCCCGUACAUCUCCGAAUACGUUGCCCGCGGUUUAAUGGGCCUCGCGAAGGAGAAGGGCUCCCUCAAGUUCCAGCCCUCGCAAUUCCCGGUGGAAGACACGCCCGAGGACCCCAAACACGCCCAGAAGUUGGUACCUCGGCCGAUGGUAGCCUUCGCAGCUACGAUGCUCGAAGUCGCUAUCCGUAGCUACGUAAACGGAAAAUAUUCCCCCGGCGCCAUCAACGAGGACGAACUCGGCCCGAUAUACAAGUCUCAUGACGACAAGAUCUCCGAGUCGAAACCCGGCUCUCAGGAGGGUAUUUUCAUCGGGAUAUUCCAGGAGGCGUCGAAUUGGCUGCCUCCGGCGGCGGCGCCUGACUACGGCACCACCGAAGCCAUGCAAGAGAGCAAGGAGGACACUCUUGCGUACUUCGCACAGCGCGCCCGCGCCUCCAGUACAGGCAAGUAG